AUGGAGAUCAUCCCAGAUCUGAAGAACGCGGCAGCAGCUCAGGAACUUGAUGAGCGAUGCUUCCUGUCAGCUCAGUCCAUGUCCAAUCUGAAGGUAUCCGAUCACUUCCAGGUGGUGAAGCUCCUGGGAGAGGGAUCCUACGGAAAGGUCAUGUUAGCCGUACACAGAAAGAGAGGAACGCCUAUGGCUCUGAAGUUCUUCCCUCGUCAGUCUACCUCGCUCACCUCUUUCCUACGUGAAUACAAUCUCUCCCUUUCCUACUGCACUCAUCCUUCUCUGACACGGGCCCUUGGCAUCUUCUUUUCCACGCCGUCCUACUAUGUCUUUGCCCAGCAAGCUGGUCUAUACGGUGACCUCUACAGUGUGGUAGUGUCAGAGGUCGGGGUGGAUGAAGAGUGUGUCCAGAGGGUGAUGGCGCAGCUGAGCGGAGCGGUCACACAUCUCCACUCCCUGGGCUUUGUCCACCGCGACAUCAAACCUGAGAACAUCUUCCUGUGUGACAGUUCCUGUCGCUGGGUCAAACUGGGUGACUUUGGCCUCUCCCGGGCCAUUGGCUCUACUGUUCGUGCCGUCUGGUAUGAGUCUCCCUUCUGCACUCCUGAGGUGGAACCUGCCAAGGAGGCUCAGAAGGAGAGGGAGUUGGAAGGGACCGAGGAGGAGAUGGAGGACAUUUGGAUAACGGUGGAGCCAUGUAUUGACAGCUGGGCCCUCGGUGUACUCGUCUAUUGCCUCUUAACCUGCUGCUUCCCCUGGGAGGAGAGCACCCACGACGACCGUGGCUAUCGUAGAUUCAAGGAGUGGUUUGACCGUGAGACUGAAAAGGAGGAGAAGAUGAGGGAUGGUGAGUGGAGGCGUGAGGAGGAAAUAGACAGUUAUACAAUCAUGAAGGAGAACCAAAGGGACAACCCUCCUCCCUCACAGUUUGAGGGCCUCAGCCCGCUCGUGAUGACUCUUUUCAAGGAGCUGCUCCACCCUGAACCCAAACACAGAGGGAACCCUGAGGAGAUCCUGAGCUACCUGGGAGGGCCGUGGCUGAUGGAGACAGAGAUCGAGGAGAAGAGGAAGGCAGACGAGGCAGAGAAGGAGGCCAGAAAAAUAAGAGAGGGAGCAGGUGUCGAAGAAGAGCUCAUGCGGGAAGGAAGAGGGGAGAGAUAA